CGUUAAAUAUUUUGAAACUACGGGGGCCAAAGAGUACAAUCCGCAAUAGUUUUGUGCAAUUAUCCUAUUUCCACAGACUCCUAAAACCCUAACUGGUGCCCGCUACCUGCAAACUUAAGCAAAAACCCAAAAACCCUAUUUUCUUCGAUAUUGUUUUAGGAGGAGAAACUGCAAGUAAUUGUCUGUGUGUAAAGACAAAGUAUGUUGCGACGGAAUGUGAGGUUGAGAAGAGAGUAUCUGUAUAGGAAAAGUUUGGAAGGCAAAGAACGUUUGCUUUACGAGAAGAAACGCAAAAUCAAACAAGCUCUUGAAGAGGGGAAACCAAUUCCGACUGAGCUCAGAAACGAGGAUGCUGCUCUUCGCCAAGAAAUCGACCUCGAAGAUGAACGAACUGCAGUUCCAAGAUCAACCAUAGACGAUGAAUAUGCAAAUGCAAACGAAAGAGAUCCAAAAAUCCUACUAACCACAUCUCACGACCCAAGUGCUCCUCUUAAACAGUUCGUAAAGGAAUUGAAGUUUGUCUUCCCCAAUUCACAACGUAUGAACCGUGGUGGUCAGGUUAUAUCUGAAAUAGUUGAGACAUGUAGAGCACAUGACUUUACAGAUCUUAUACUUGUUUAUGAACAUCGUGGUGUACCUGAUAAGAUUGUUAUAAGUCACUUGCCUUUUGGUCCAACUUCUUAUUUUCAAAUCCUCAAUGUGGUUACAAGACAUGACAAUAAAGACAAGAAGGAAAUGGGAACUGUUUCUGAGGCUUAUCCACAUCUGAUUCUUAACAACUUUUCAACCAAGAUUGGUGAAAGGACUGCAACCAUCUUAAAGCAUCUCUUCCCAGUGCCUAAGCCUGAUUCCAAACGUAUAAUCACUUUUGCUAAUCAAUCAGAUUACAUUUCUUUCAGGCAUCAUGUCUAUAGGCAAAGUGGAGGUCCUAAAUCGAUUGAUUUAAAGGAGGUUGGGCCUCGAUUUGAGUUAAAAUUGUAUCAGAUAAAGCUUGGAACAGUUGAUCAAGACGAAGCACAAACAGAAUGGGUGUUGAGAUCCUUCAUGAACACCUCCAAGAAGCAGAAAGUUUUAGGCGAAUGA